AUGAGUGACCAAAACAGAGAAGAUUAUCAUGAAGACGGGUUCUGUCAGCCAUACAGGGGAAUUGCGUGUGCACGAAUCAUUGGAAACAGGACCAUUUAUGUGGAUUCCCUCCAGAUGCAAGGGGAAAUUGAAAACCGAAUUACUGCUGCAUUUACCAUGAUUGGCACCUCCACACAUUUGUCUGAUCAAUGCUCACAGUUUGCUAUACCAUCCUUCUGCCACUUUGUGUUUCCCCUGUGUGAUGAGCGCUCUCGGACCCCUAAGCCACGGGAGCUGUGCCGGGAUGAGUGUGAAGUUCUGGAGAACGAUCUCUGUAGACAGGAGUACAACAUCGCCAGGUCAAACCCCCUCAUCUUGAUGCAGCUACAGUUGCCUAAGUGUGAGGAUCUCCCACGACCUGACACCUUGGAAGCUGCCAACUGCAUAAGGAUCGGGAUCCCUGUGGAGAGACUCAGCCGAUAUCAUCAGUGCUACAACGGUUCUGGAGCAGACUACAGAGGGAUGGUCAGUGUUACCAAGUCUGGCCACACUUGCCAACUCUGGGAUUCCCAGAGUCCCCACAGCCAUGAUCUGACAAGUACACAGUUUCCAGAACUAGGUGGAGGGCAUGCAUAUUGCCGAAAUCCUGGAGGUCAGAUGGAUGGGCCCUGGUGUUUUACAAAGAAUAAAAACGUACGCAUGGAACUGUGUGACAUACCUUCUUGUAGUCCACGUGACAGCAGUAAAAUGGGAAUCCUCUACAUCCUGGUUCCCAGCAUAGCCAUCCCUCUGGUUAUCGCCUGCCUUUUCUUCCUGGUCUGUAUGUGCAGAAACAAGCAGAAGGCAUCUGCUGCUACACCACAGCGCCGCCAGCUGAUGGCAUCUCCUAGCCAGGACAUGGAAAUGCCACUCAUUAAUCAACAUAAACAGGCUAAACUUAAAGAAAUCAAUCUGUCCACUGUGCGGUUCAUGGAGGAACUAGGAGAGGAGAGAUUUGGCAAAGUCUACAAGGGGCAUCUUUUUGGUACAGCACCAGGUGAACAGACACAAGCUGUUGCUAUUAAGACUCUUAAAGACAAAGCAGAGCUGGCUCUUCGAGAAGAAUUCAAACAUGAGGCAAUGAUGAGAUCACGCUUACAGCACCCAAACAUUGUUUGUUUGCUGGGAAUAGUGACAAAGGAACAACCCAUAAGCAUGAUUUUUAGUUAUUGUUCCCACAGUGACCUCCAUGAGUUCUUGGUAAUGAGAUCUCCCCAUUCGGAUGUUGGUAGCACUGAUGAUGACAAGACAGUAAAAUCCACCCUCGAACCAGCAGACUUCUUCCACAUCGUGACUCAGAUAGCUGCAGGAAUGGAAUAUCUUUCAAGCCACCAUGUUGUCCACAAGGACUUGGCCACUAGAAAUAUACUGGUGUUUGAUAAACUGAAUGUGAAAAUAUCCGAUUUAGGCCUUUUCAGGGAAGUUUACGCUGCUGAUUACUACAAACUGAUGGGAAAUUCCCUUCUUCCUAUCCGGUGGAUGUCCCCUGAGGCUAUUAUGUAUGGCAAGUUUUCUAUUGAUUCGGAUAUAUGGUCAUAUGGAGUUGUGUUGUGGGAAGUUUUCAGCUAUGGCCUGCAGCCUUACUGUGGUUAUUCUAACCAGGAUGUCAUUGAGAUGAUCAGGAACCGACAGGUUUUGCCAUGUCCUGACGACUGCCCCACAUGGAUAUACACUUUGAUGUUGGAGUGUUGGAAUGAAUUUCCCAACAGAAGACCAAGAUUUAAAGAUAUACACAACAGACUAAGAACAUGGGGAAACCUUUCUAAUUACAACAGCUCAGCGCAAACCUCUGGGGCAAGCAACACCACGCAAACAAGCUCUCUAAGCACAAGCCCUGUUAGCAACGUCAGCAAUGCUAGAUACAUUGGACCAAAACAGAAAACUCCAGCUUUCCCUCAACCACAGUUCAUACCAGUGAAAGGGCAGAUGAGACCAAUGGUCCCACCUCCUCAGCUCUACAUUCCAGUCAAUGGUUACCAGCCAAUGCCUGCCUAUGGCGCUUACUUGCCAAAUUUUUACCCUGUCCAAAUUCCAAUGCAAAUGGCUCCUCAGCAAAUGCCUCCCCAGAUCAUUCCCAAACCGGGCUCCCACCACAGUGGGAGCGGAUCCACCAGCACAGGCUAUGUAACAACAGCGCCUUCCAACACGUCGGUGGCUGACAGGGCUGCUCUGCUUUCAGAGGGCACAGAUGACACGCACAAUGGAACAGAAGACAUGGCCCAGAAUCCCGUCCAGGAGGAAGAGGAAGAGGAGGGCUCUGUGCCUGAAACAGAAUUGCUGGGCGAUAAUGACACACUUCAGAUGGACGAAGCAGAAAUUCAAUCAGAAGCCUAAGGAAUUUGGCCUCAUUGCUAAGAAUUUCACAUCACUUCCAUGCAUGGAGACUGUAGAUCCUUAGGCUUAAUAGCAGUGAUUUUGAUCUAACUGAAAGAAACAAAGCUGAAAAACCUACAGCCACGUAAAGUGCAGCAGUAAUGAUAUACCAGGUUUAUUGACCAUUGCCACCAUCAGAUUUUGCAAAUAUGAUGGUAUAGAAUUGCUGGGUUUAAUCUUUUUUACUGUCCAACAGUUCUUGAGGGAAGCUGCUUUUCAGUUAUGUACUGUUGCUGUGCAACAUAUUGCAGAGUAGCAUUGCACAUCAUGUAUAUCAUGAUAUGUGAGUGUAAUGUUAGUGAAUUAUGCUUAAACCAAUAACACAAAAAGGAAUCCAACUAUGGUUGCAGAAUUGCUCUGAGCAUAAAGAAGUGCCCUGGAUGUGAUGGACAGCUUAGUUUAUAGUAUUUAUCUCUUUGAUACAAUGGACACAAGAUUGUUGUUUGCUUUUUG